GGUGACGCGUUUCCGGUUCCGCCGUACUCCCCGCCCGCCGGAGUCACCGGAAGCGGAGGGAGCCGGGCGGACAAGGACCGGAGAGCCGGUGACAGUGACGGGAAUCCAGCGGAGCCGCUCUCUGCCUUCGUGCUGCCUUCAUUUCCUGUCACAGCCGCCGCCACCUCGUGUCUCCCCGGCCGCCCGACCCCCCCCGGUCACAGCCCACCGGCCAGCCGAGCUCGGUGUCUCCCCCUCACCCGCCGGCACCCGCUCCCUGUCCCGUGGGCAGCCAGGCCCCGUGUCCGCCUUCAUUGUCUCCUUCAUAGUCCGUGUCUCCGCCAGGUGUCACACCCCCUCCAUCCCCCCCCGCCCCCUCCUCCCCCCGAUACCGACAUGGCCAAGAACACCCUCUCCUCGCGGUUCCGGAAGGUGGACAUUGAUGAAUACGACGAGAAUAAGUUUGUGGACGACCAGCUGCAGGAGGAGCCGGCGGAGCCCCAGGGGCCGGACGAGGGAGAGGUGGACAGUCUGAUCAGACAAUAUCCUUUUUGGUGGAUCCAUUGAGCAGAUCAUGGGAUUUAUUAAUGUCAUUAUCGAUGGGGUUUUUCCCUAGAGGGGGGUAACUGUUUGUUAAAUAAUGGAAUAGUAAGCAGUCAGAUAGAGUAACCAAAAUAAAUCUACAUUCAAAUCAGCUAACUGUGACACAUGGGAAAAUGGAGGUUUAUUUCCUUUUGGGGAGGGUGGGGGUUAAAAGUGGUACACCAAGCAAAAAUGUGAGCCAUUAAUCAUAAACCUACUUAUACUGCAGGUUACCAUGGCGAAUGGUAACGAAUGGGUGGGUGUGUGUAGGAGAUACAGUAAGAAGGAGUCACAGGUAAAAUGAAUCAGCAGGUUGACCUGGUUUUAGUGUUAAUGAUUUUUGAACUGAAUGGCAGUGGUGGGUAUACCUGGCGUUAGGUGAACAUUACUGGUCACAAAGCUAACCAACCAUAACCAAUGCUCUACAAUAAAAACCUAGAACAUUUAGACAAAUCCAAGACUGUAAGAAGGAGAGAGGUAAAGACUUGCAGCAGAAUACACAAAUAUGAAUAUAAUCCUGCUGAAAAUAUUGACACACCCCACUUAAUUGUUAUAAUUAAAGUUCAAUACGUUUUGCUAUCCUUUAUGGUGGGGUUGACUGUUCUUUGCCAAGCAAGGUUUACAAAUGGCUUGAAUGCUUGUUAAAGUAGUUCAACUAAAGAAGUCCGCAUGAUCUCUUAUAGUAAUUGUGAGACAAAAUUAUUUUUACAUUUAUAGGGCAUGCUGGGAGAAAAAGAAACUCAGAUUUUCACAAUGAGUACCACAGGCUGCCACUGAGAUAGGAGUGACUUCUAAAAGUAAAGGCCAUUGCCCACCACACCCAGGUUUUGUUUGACUUCUAAUGGUUGUAAAAUUGACUGUCUUGUUCUUAGUCAUGAUAACUGCAUUCCUUCUAGAUUAAUAAUACAUCAUUGACUUGCAUACUAUGGUAUUGUAAAAACUGUGUAUUUCCUGUACACACACAUUGAUUUUUCUUAUAACUCAUUUUGGUUUUUAUAGUUUGAAUUGUUGAAAUUUCAAAGUUAAUUUCAUAUAAACUAAAAUAAACCAGCAAAAUUCACUGUUCCAAUCCACACUGUAGUGAAACAUUAUUUGUUUGCAGUGUGUAUUUUUAAAGGGUAGUGCUACAACCAUUGCAAAAAUGCAUUCUUAGAUAUCCCAUUAUGACACUGGUAUAUUAAACCCUUAGGGACAAUUUCCAUUUAUUUUGUUGUACUUUCUUUCUUUGAUAUGCAUUUAGAAAUAUACUAGUUUCCAGUUUGAGUAUUACUUAUUGGUGAUUAGAUUUGCAUAAGUUAUAGGCAGUAAAAUAUAAAUAUAUUCUCAUCUUAUACAUUAGUGUAUGUGAUCCCACAGGUGCCAGUGACAAGUAAUGUAAAUCCUGGGUUAGGUCCUGAAAAAUAAGUCUUAUCAUAAACAAAAAGGGAAAAAUAAACACUGAAGUUGCACUGUCCUUCUGCCAGUCACAUUGCUACGGGUUAGUGUUAACAUAGCCUGGUAAAAACUUCAAUAUUUUAAAACCUGCAAAAUUAAUAAGGUAUUAUAAUAAGCAUUCCAUUAGUUUUGACACUAGUAAAUGUAAGAUUUUUAUUCUUUCUGUCUUUCCGGGGGGGGGGUGGGGCAGGGGAGAGACCAAAAAAAGUGCUGCAAUUGAUAUCCGUUUUGUUGUAUUGCAUAUGCUAUAGCAGUCUCAUUCAUUUGUAUAGGGGAAGUGUUGCAUGUGAGUUUAUGCAUACAUGUCACAUGUACCAGUUCGUCUCCAGUAAGUCAGUGGGAGUUCAGGAAUUGCUUGUGAAUACUACGCUAGACUUUUUAUCUAAUCAAAGCCACAUCUGUGCACAAAAUUACCAAAGGAAGGAGAGACAUACACCUUAAACAAUUGCUUCUGGACACCCCCCCAACAAUUUUAUAUAGGAUAAAAACAUACACUUACUGAAAUGGUUGAUGGGAAAAGAUACGAGUGGUUAUGUGUACUGUUGUCUACACCCAAAUGAUUGCAUGGCAUUUGUGGUUGUCCCUGGCUGCUGCAGUAGCCAUGUUUAUAGUUUUAGGCUUAUGGUACCUCUGCACCAAUAAUGUGGUGGAUUUAUAGUGUUACGCAACUUUCUGUCAAUUACAUUUCUAAGCUGUUUUAACCAGCACAUAGUUCUUGUCUGUCGAAAGUGAGUUUAAUGCAUUAUAAACAUUAAAUACAAAAUAAAUUCCACCAGGAUAUAGUAAGAAUACAAACGUGUAUUCCUGACAUUAUAGUGUUAAACACUAUUUAGGUGGCCGUGCCCCCUUAAAUAGGCUUAAAUCUUUGUGUGGGUGCGCUGGCUCCGCCCCCAAUCCACCUUCUCAGCCAAUCCAAUCCUGUCCUAGAAAUUUUGAUGUGGUACUUGUCAACCCUUUAGCUAGACCGGCCAGCUGGGCAAACAAUGGAGGUAGUCGGCUGGCUGCCCUUGGGAGCAUGGGGGCGGCCAGCUUAGGGGCAUUGUAGCUGGUCCCCCGCCCUGGGGAGCAUCAAGGUGGUUGGGUGAGGCAGUGUGCAGGGGAGCAAUAAUCUUUCUGCAGCUCCUGUCUGCUCCCUUUAUAGUGAUGCCAGGAGUUGGAGUAUGAUGUCAUUCUGGCCCCCUGCAUCAAUGCAGAGAGGAGCUGCAGGUAAAUUACUGCUAAUUCAGCAUGCAGGAAAAGAGAGCAGCCCCACUGGACCCCAGGGAAAGAUCCAAAGGUAGGGAGGCUGGGUGGAUUAAAAAUGUAAAUUUGUUAGUGUAAGAAAAUGUUUUGUAUGUCACUGUGAGUGUGUCUCUGUCAGUGUUUGUGUCACAGUGACUCUAUAGUGACCAUCUAAGUCAUUUUUUCACAGAUUGGUUACGUUGCCUUUGAGACCCUAUGGUAGCCCAAGGAUGAAAAUUACCUCUAUCAUGGCAUACCACUUGCAAUAGGAGACAACCCAAGGUAUUGCAAAUGGGGUAUGUCCAGUCUUUUUUAGUAGCCACUUAGUCACAAACACUGGCCAAAAUUUGCUUUUUUUUCUUUUUCUUUUUUUUGCAUUUUUCACACACAAACAAAUACUAACGCUAACUUUGGCCAGUGUUUGUGACCAAAUGGCUACUAAAAAAGACUGGACAUACCCCAUUUGCAAUACCUUGGGUUGUCUACUAUUGCAAAUGUUAUGCCAUUAUGGGUGUAAAUUUCAUUCCUGGGCUACUAUACAGUCUCUCAAAGGCAAUGUAACCAAUCUGGCGAAUUUCAAUUUCAAAUGUAACACGCUAUAUUUGACCCUGUAACUUCCCAAAACACCAUAAAACCUGUACAUAGGGGGUAUUGUUUUACACGUGAGACAUUGCUGAAUACAAAUAUUUUAUUGCAGUAAAAGCAAACAGUAUUAUGACAUUGACAGUUAAAAUGUCAUGUAGAACUAAAAUAACUAUUUCUUAUUUUCUCCCAUUUUUUUUCAUAUUAAAUUCUGUUUCAUAGCUAAAUAUUUGAUAUUAAAUGUAAGCCCUGUUUCCCCUGAAUAAAAUGAUAUAUAAUAAGGGUGGGUGCAUUUAAUAUGAAAGAGGUGAAUUACGGUUGGACAGACAUGUAGCGCAAAUGCCAGGUUUUGUUUACGUUUUGUUCACAACGUGUACAUUUGGCUCAGUCCUUAAGGGGUUAAAGUAAAGCAAACCACCUAAGAAUUGUACUGCAGUUUGUCGGUAAGGAAAUUUUUUUUAUUUUUAUUUUAUUUUUUAAGGCACUUUUUGUGUUCGACAAAAAAAGUGUUAGACUUCACGUUUUGAUUGUUGAUAACCAUUGUUGGACUUAUAUUAUGUCUUGUUUUCCCUCAAACGAUUAAGUAGAACACAUAUAUAUGUGUAUAUAUGUAUAUACCUUUUGUUUAUAUAUAUAUAUUUUUUUUAAAUGUUCACUGUGGGGUUUUAAAACUUUUUUUUUAUUCCAUCUAUUUUGCUGCCAGGUAUCGCUGGCCUUCAUGGCAUUUGAUUUUGUGAUGCUAAAUGAGGUUGAUGCGUUGACCUCAGAAGUGCCGGUUAUAUAGACAUGUUUAUUUUGUAUUGUCAUUUUUACAUACAGAUUCGUCCCUCUGUUCCACUGUUUUGUUUGCACGCCUGACACGCUUUCAAUCUGCAUGUUAGAAGAACGUGAAAUUCUAUUAAACAUGCUCUAGUUUAUGCAUACCUGCUGUGAGAUUGAAAGUUUGUUUCAAAUUCCCUAUUUUAGAAAUGCAUUAGCUGCUGCUCUAAAUAUAGGAUUGCGACUGUACUCCCAGUUUGAAGUGACAUUUCUGUUCCAUGAGAAGUAUUAAGUCUGCCAUGUAUUCUUUAUAUGGUUGCAGCUUAUAUGUGGUGAUUUGAACUAGAGUAAACUAGUUCAUUUCUGGUUGCAUCCUUAUAGAAAAGCAAUGGCUAAAUUUUUUUAAAAAAUUGUGUUCCUCACAUGCAUUCUAGUAUCUUAGUAAAAAAUAAGUAACUUUUGCUUUAGCCUAUGAUUGUGGUAUUUUCCAGCCCCAAAUGCAAGACACCUAUUUUAAUACUUUUAGUGAUACAUUUUCUUGAACAGUUGAAUCCAAAGGGUGCCUCCAGCACCGAUCACCAAGUCCCUCAGACUGCAUCCUGCUUCAUAAUCUGUUAGGAAUGGGGAGCUUCUGAUUGGCUUAGUGUCAGCCGACGCCUCUAGACAAUCAGUGGCGCCGCUGCCUAGUGGCACUCCACGCUUCCUGUAACUCAGUUUCUAAAGCCACCUGGGGUACCUGGAGAUUGAUGCUGGAGGCAAACUUUUGGGGUAAACUAUUCUAGAACUGUUUAACCCUUUAAGGUAAGAGUGCACCCGGGGUUGCGUUCGUGGACCCUAACUUAAUUUAUAUGAAACUCUUAUGGUGACCAAAGUGUUUCUUUUUAUAAAGAGUGAAUUGUAUAAAAAGUGAAAUGGAGAAAUGUCUGCUUUGGCGGAAGCAAAAUUUGCAGUGCAUGUACCAUGAGUAUUGUAAAACGAACAUGCACGUCUUACAGUGAAGCAUUUAUGCAGUUGUGGUUGUAUUAUAUGACUGGGUUAGUUUGCAGCUACUAAAAUGACAUGUAUCUUAGAGUACUUGCUGUGAAUGAAAAUGGGGGGGAACCGCAGUGAACCCCAUUAAGAAGAAUAAGAAUUCAGACAAUUGGUAAACUGUUUCUCUACUUAUGUUGGUGUGGUAUACCAGGGCAGUCCCGGUACAAUAACCACUACAGUACAAUCCUCCUAGCAUAUGUUGUGCGAGGAUCUCAGUGUCACUGCAGUGAUAUGUGACUGAUGGGAGUUACAUUUCCAGUCCUCAAACAUGAUUCUUUUGUGUCAUCACAUGAGUUGAAAAAUCACUUCUCUGGAAAUUACUCCUUGGAAUAAAUCCAUGAAAGUCACUUAAAACAAGUUAACCCGCUUCAUGUGAUUUUUAGUUUUACUUUUAAAUGUAUAUUAAAGGAACCCUAUAGUGUCAGGAAUACAACAUGUGUUCCUGACACUAUAGUUAUAAAAGUGCUGUUUAGGUGUCUGGUCCCCUUUGCCUACCUUUUUAAAAAGUAAUUUACUCACCUUAUAGCUAGUGCCUCACUGGUCUCAUUGCAGCUGGCUCUGCCCCGCUCUGCCUCCUUGGCUGAGAAUAUCAAAUUUAACGAUUUCGGCCAACUCCACCCUGCGCCAGUCAGCAUCUCCUCACAGAGCUGUGUGGAGAUGCUGAACGACCGCGCUGCACUGACCAGGAAGCACCUCUUGUGCUGUCUGAGUGAAUGCUAGUAGAGGUGUUCUCUGAAAAGGCAGUGUUUACAUUAAAAAGCCUGCAGGGACAGGAUAUUGACACCAGAACAAGUACAUUAAGCUGAAGUUGAAAUUGCAAUACAGUUCAGUCCAAGCCCUGCCAGGUUACACAUUGCAUUAGAGAAGGAGAAAAAGGAACGCAAUAUAUUUAUCACUCUUCCCGCCAGUAAAGUGUUCUGUUUAAAUGUCUGGUUUUUGUUUUUUAAUGGAUAUUUAUGUGAAAAAUUUCAUAAUUUUAGGUUAAGAAAAGAGGUCACAUUUUAGAACAAUGUAAUAAAAACAGAUUAGAGGUCAAACUUUUUCCCACCACCUUUCUUUAUGCUGACUGUAUUUUUAAAGGAUCACUGUAGUGUCAGGAAAACAAAUCAGUUUUCCCGACACUAUAGUACCCUGAGGGUGCCCCCACCCUCAGGGUCCCCCUCCCGUGGUACUUGCCUUAUUCCACCGCGGGGCUCCUUUACCUCUCCUCCCCCGCCGACGUCAGCGGAGCGGAAUGUGCAUGCGCGGCAGUGCCGCGUGCGCAUUCAAAAUGUCCAUAGGAAAGCAUUUCUCAAUGCUUUCCUAGGGACUCUCUGCGUGAUGGAGGCAUAUGCCUCCAACAUAGCAGAUGCUCCUCUAGUGGCUGUCUGGAAGACAGCCACUAGAGGCUGGCUUAACCCCAAAUGUAAACAUAGCAGUUUCAUAGAAACUGCUAUGUUUGCAUCUGAAGGGUUAAAAACUGAGGGGACCUGGCACCCAGACCACUUCAUUGAGCUGAAGUGGUCUGGGUGACUAUAGUGUCCCUUUAAGAACUCAUAAAUAUAUUCAAUAUAAGGGAUGUUAUUUUGCAGGGUUUUUUUAAAUUUAUUUUUUAUUUAAUAGAAAAUUCUGCUAAGUUACUGUUCCCCUUUAAUUUUGUGUGUGUAAAUAGUCGUGUUACGUAUUUGGGUUAAAUAGAAAGAUGGAUGAUUGCAGUUAGAGCCUUGCAAGCCUCCAUUUACAGGAAGUCACUAGAGGCCUAUAAAGUGCUCAUGUAUUUGUAGUUUUACCUGUGGGGUUGGAGAUGGAGUUGCAUGAAAGAGACCACCGGAGUUUACUAGGGCAAGCAACCUUUCAACUUCAAGCAGCUACUGAUUUGAAGAAUAGGAAAAGAUCAGUCCACUUUGAUUUAAACAGUAUUCCCUCCUUCCUGUUAACAUUAACCCUUUUCUCACAGCUUCAUUAUAAAGAACUGCUUUGUAAUUUGUAUUGGGGGACGGGGUGUAACGUGUUUGUGCGUUUAAUUGACCAUAAAUGUAGAUAAUAUAUAUUAUAUUUAGACAAAUCAAAGUAGGUCUAUAUAAAACAAAAUACAAUUUACUUUCCUCCAAUGUUUUGGUGGCUUUUUUGUCUCCUGGUUUCCUAUUUUUCAUAUCUCUGUAUCUUUGUUCAGAUUUGAUGGAAUCCUGUAAUGAAGCAGUGCUCACACAAUAAAAUCAGACAUUUGCGCUUAUCAUGUUUGCAAUAUAUUAAGUAGAUACUUUUGGAGACUCUUUGGAGCAUUUAUCUCCUUGUCAUUAAUAGGAUUUGCUGUUUAGCGGGUGCACAGGUGUUAAGAAUGCUUGCUUGGCCAUCAUGGGUAAUAGAAGAGGAUGCGUGUUAGUGUUAGAAAUACUGGUUUGUACUCCUAAUACGAGUGUUCCUUGUGUAAUAUGGAUACACAUACAGCACUCUUGUAUAGCUGUGUAGAUACUUGAUGAAUGAUUUGGCAUCAUUUGCCGUUAGAAAUCUGUCCUCUUCGAUGCUUAUCACACUGUUUGUUAAUGAAUAGUUGUUUUUUUUAUAAUCUCCUGACAAUGAAUUUCUUAUGUAUGUUGGCAGUCAGUGAGAAACUGAUUAGUGAUUUCUGACCUAAUUUUUAACGCUCUUGCUGCUUUCUGUUUAACCCCCUUUGCACGUUGUUGAACUAUAGUUUGGGUUUCUCACCUCUAUUAGGUUUUGGUUUAUUUUUUGUAAAAAUUUUUUCCACUGUUAUACUUGAUACACUUUCAAACUGCAAGGCUACAUGUGCAAUUCCUGGAAGAGUCAACUGUAUGUGUGCAUGUGCUAAAUAUUCAAAAUUGCAAACUUUGUCAAGAGCUCAGCUGGAGAAAUGGGUUGAGUUGUAGAACUUUUUCCAGCUUGGCUAAAAUUUGCUGACUGCCAGUGGUUCUUGUGUUUUUUUUUCUACAUUUAAAAAAAAAAAAAAAUUACUUCAAUUUUUAUAUAAUGCAUUCUUACGAGGCUGUGGAAUUCUUCAAUAGGUUACAGCUGUAGCCCAAUCUACUUGUCCUGACACAAAAUAGUUAAAAUUACAAAUAUUGUGGCCUCCUGCAAAGAGCCCUUGACAUUGCUAUUGGCUAAACCUUUUCACAAAUUAAAUCUUAAUGGAUAAUUCUCUAACUUUGCUACAUUUACAACAUGGCUAGUUUGCCAUUUUUGUUUAUUUUUUUUGCAAAUUAUUCUGAAUGUCUCACCCUCUGCACUCUCAUAGUCCCUUUGUCAGUGUGAGAGAUUUAGUCCCUUCUUGUCAGCAGAGCUCAAUCAUGGUCUAAUCAAAUGAAGAAUUUCAAUGCACAAUUUGCUCUGCUCCGAUUACAUGCACAUGCUCUAAUGGAGAGACGGAAGGGGAGGAGUUUUAAAAUCAAAGAACAGGCACUGCAGGGGGGUGGUCUUGGACCGCUUGGCUGGAGGGAAGAGCAAGCAAUCCUGUGCAGGCGCACUGUCUGCAAGGGAGAAUCUCCUGCCAGCUUUUACACGCUGCCUAAAUCACGUAAGCCAGGGGUGCAACUAUCCUGGGGCACAAAAGUUCAAAUACAGACUCCUACCACCAUGACCUAAAGCAGAAGUGGUUUUGGUGGUUUGAGUAACCACUUAAGUGCACCUAUAAAUAUUAUUUUAUGUCCCUUUUAUAAAGGCUUUUGUUUGAUACCCUAUAUUUGUACAUAACACUAUGUUAAAUUUAAGUACAAUAUUUUUUUUUAAAACCACAUCUAAUUAAUACACAAUUGCAACUACUAAAAUAAACUAACUCAAAAUAGAUUAACAAAUUUUUACACAUCUCGUCUUUCAGUCUGAGUUUAAUAAUAAUGGGCCUAGCUGACACUGUAGCCACUGAAGCUCAGACUCACCUUGGCUGAGCACAAUACUAGCCAUGUUGCUUUAAAAGGGCUAUGUGCAGUACUCAAUUUAAAUGCUGCACACAACUAUUCUGUCAGUAUUGGUAAAGCAGUUGGGGACUCUCUGGUAUCAAAUGGUAUCUCGGACUGUCUAAUACCAGCAGGGUUUUAGCCCUGCUGGUAGUUUUAACGCAUUACGAUCAAAGUAGGACAUUCCGUACUAACAUAUAGGACCUUUCGAAAGAACAUUAUAAUCCUUAAAGGGACACUCCAGUGCCAAGAAAACAAUCCAGUUCCCCAUCCCAAGUUGCUGUAGGGGUUAAAACCCCUUUAGUGACUUACCUUUAUCCAGCGCCGCUAUCCCUCGGCGCUGGUUCAGGGUCCGCCCACGCUCCUCCCCCGCCAAUGUCAUCUGGCGGGGGAGACCUAAUGCUGCGCACGUUCAUUAGACCUCCCCAUAGGAAAGCAUUGAAAAAUGCUUUCAAUGCUUGUGGCGGAACCAGCCUCGCCACUGAGCAUUGGAGAAGACUGAUUGCCAGCCUCCUGCGAUGUGACUAUAGCCCCUGGGAUGUAUUGCCUGCUUCCCUAUACUGCUGAGGAUUGCUACCAACUAGGUGGAUUUGGCUAUGGAGCUUGUGUAGUGCCCUCUGUUGGUAGCAACAGUAAUAUGCACUACCUGAAUAGCAAGACUGGUAAUUUGCAUAUUCGGGUAGAUUUGCAUAUCGCUAAUUCUGCAUGCAGGAGAGACAUUUUGUGUUAAUUAUGGUCUUCCCCACCCAUUUAUAAAUAUGUAAUUAUGUUAUAAUAAGUCACUGUAUGUUGCCUGCUAUGAUUUGAUUGUUUGUAAUUUUGUUGAGCUUUCACAGCAAUGUUAAUGUAAUGACCAUAUGGGCUAGUCCCAAGUAAAAUGUUUUAGACAGUUCUACUUCAUCCUCAAUUUGGAGUCCUGUCUCUUAUUGGGGGAAUCUGCUACAAGGGAUUGCUAUGCUCUGCAUAUUCCAUUGCUAUAAUUACUCCUAAGCUCUUUUAAGAUCUUGUUCCUGCUUCGCUCCGAAGGAAGAGAGGUUAGGCCUGUGGUGGUUGUGGUGUCGGCUAGAGUGCUUGAAAUCCUCAAGAAGCGCUAGGAGCAUCUUUCAAUGGAGGUACCCAGUCGGGGUGCCAGGUGAUCUGUUACAAUGCUUUCCUAUGGGAAUUUCAGUGACGCUAUAGCACAGAAAAUCGGUGCUAUAAACCCGGAAGUGCCCUCUAGUGGCUGUGUAGUAGAGGAGGAGUUAACCCUGCAAUGUAAAUAUUGCAGUUUAUGAAAACUGCAAUAUUUACAGUUGCAGGGUUACGGGUAGUGGGAGUUGGCACCCAGACCACUCCAAUUGGCAGAAAUGGUCUGGUUGCCUGGAGUGUCCCUUUAAGGGAUGAUGAAUAUUAAAAUAUAGACAGCAGAGAAUCUAAGUUGUGUUAAACUACCAGAAAGUGAGAUAAUAUUCUAUGAGGGGAAAGUAAGUGUGAACAGAUGAGGGUGUAAAACAUUUUUUGAUCACCUCAGUAUAUUAGAGCAGCAUACACUGUACUGUGAGAAACUUUUGGUGCUAAGUAGUGUUUUGCAAUAAGAUGUUUGUGGUUGAAACGCCUAUGAUUGGGUGGUGCGUCGUUUAUUUCAAGUUUUCUGAUUGUAAAACCUGUAGAUCAGGUUUACUAUUUUAUUUAUUUUUUUUUUUUUUUAAUUUAAUAUAAUUAAAUCUUCAGAGAGAGCCAGUGUUUAAAGAUAUACGAUAAAGUUGUUGUGGUUUAUGAAUAUCAGACGCUAACCAAAAUACAACAUGUUUAAAAAUAAAAAAACGUUUAGCAGGUUCCCAGGCAUUCUUCAGUGAUGGGAGAGUUACGAAGAGUGCUUGUGUAUAUGUUGCUCUUAUGUACAUGACUUAAGUGUUUAAAACCUAAACAUUUAAUAGAGGCAAAAGUAAAAACAUGUUUAGUUUAAAAAUGAAAAGGUACGAAGUUAUGAGGAAGGGGGGGAUAUAAACUAGAUCCACUCUAAUUUACUUAGAUAAAUAAUACGUUCACAUUGCAAUACCAAUCAGAUAAAUUUCCCUCCCCACUGGUACCUAAAGAUGUUUUACUAAUUUAUCAAAAAGAUUGUGGUGAGGCCGAGCACGAUACAACUCCUUACAUUGCAAAUACAAAAUAAUUACUUGAGAUAGGCAUGUGUGGUUUAUUUUAUCUAGUUUUUUAUUUAUUUUUUUAGUAUUUAUAUAGAAUUCUAUAUAUGAAUGUAUGCUCGUUUGGGAAGGGCCUUCAGUACCCUUGUUUCCUGUGUGUCCUGCUUGUCUUGUUGUAGUAACACGUCUGUUGGGCCCACUAUUGUACAGUGUUACAGAAUUUGUUGACCCUUUAUAAAAAAAAUAUGUAUUUUGUUGUGCAAGUGGCUCUAAUGCAUUCUGUUCGUAUGAAUGAGAAGUAGCAAGAUGCUUUAUUCAGUUGUAAACAUCUUGCUUGAAUGAGAAUAUGCAAAGCUCUGUAUUUGCUGCUUGGGUGUUUUACCACUUCCUGUUCAAAAAGGAAAUGUUGGGGUGGAGCAAUCAUUGGUGCUUUUUGUUCUUCUGGCAGUAUGCAGAAAGUGUAUUUUGUUUUUUGUUUUUUCUAUUCUUGAUACUUUAUCAGAUUAAUGUAUAACGUAGCCUGAAAUCUCACUUUAACACCUGCACAUAUUGGUUACUCUGUAUUCUUUAUGAACAUAUGCUAAUCCACUGCUGGUAAACCAAACCGGGAUCAUUUCUGAACUUUAAGGUCUGGAUUGAGACUAGUGAUGUCGCGAACGGUUCGCGGCGAACUCCGGUCAGCUGACGCAGACCCUCCUACUUCCUGGACAGCAUCCAUGUUGAAGCUGCCUUCAACAUGGAUGCUGUCCAGGAGGUGGGAGGGUCUGCCGGAGAUUGGCAGGGAUGUGUCAGCUGACCGGAGUUCGCCGCGAACCGUUCACGGCAAGUUCGCGAACGGUUCGCGACAUCACUAAUUGAGACACUCUGCGUUUUUUUUUUUGUUUUUUUUUAUCUCAUUGACCAUUUUAUUUAUGGUCCAUGACACAAUUGUUGCCCCUUGUUUUGUAGGAUACGUGUACGUGUGUGUGUGUGUGUGUGUUUGGAGUUUGGGAAUAACUGUAUGUCAUUUCAAGGUGGAACAGGCUUGAAAACUAGAGAAAUCUCAAUGUAUCUUUCCUGUUAAAGUAUCUUAUAAAUAAACAUGGUUUGGCAUAAUGCUGGAGUUGGCUUGUUACCAAUGCAUCUAGAAUGUUUACUAGCCACCAACACCAUCUGAAUGAACCUUGAGGUAGGGAGGAUUUUAAAAAGACUUCAUUGGGGACAACAGCACCGAAAGUGCAGAAUGGUCUCGAGAUAAGCUCACACUUCUCCCUAUAUCUCCGCACUUAAAACUGUUUGAGGAGGUUGUCCAUUUAAUAACCAUAUCAACCUGUUACCACUGAUGGCUCCCCUAUUUACCACUAUAACGUCUUAGAAUUUAGCAGGGCUAACCAUACAGAUAUCUUAGCUAUAAUAUUUAUAUAAUUAGUAAGAGUUCCCCUAUUUAACAUUUAUAAAUAAUUGAAAUAUAAUAUAAAAUAGGGAUUGUCUUGGAAGCAGUAAAGUUUGGCCUUUCUAAAUACUAAAUAAAAAUAUAAAUAUAGACCUAUAAAAACUUAAUAAUCCAUGACAAUAAUCUAUAGCAGAGUUUAUAAGAUUAAAGUAUAUGCUUGCAAAAUCGGUAAAAUAGAAAAACAUGUACUCUUGAACAUGUCAGCCUCAGUCAUGAUAAAAUGGAGCAGCCUCUCUGUCUGUCAGUCUCUCCUCUGUGUCCUAAUAUUAAUAGGUACACAUAUUUAUACCUUAGAUUUUCAAUUGUCAUAUUAGGACCUACCUUAACUUGGCAAAGAUACAAGGCCAUUUCAGAUGGGAACAUCUUAUCUAUGUUUAGACUAAAACUUAAGGGUACACAUGACAUGGGAAAUUCCCUGUCUUGGGGCAUGUGACUAUGGUGUUCAGAUUUUAGGACGCCAUAUUGUCCUGGGUUAGUGGAAUUCAUCUCCUGGUACAAAGGGACCUGAAUGAAUCAGUUGUUGUGUGUUUUUUUUUUUUUUUGUUUGUUUUUAACAUUUGCUUCACCAUUGAGUUUGUUAUGGUGUCCAUUAAUGGCAUACUUCCCUUGUUUUAUUUGCCAUUUUAUUUUAUUUUUCAUUCUCAUGUUAUCAUGUAUACUAGUUUUAAAAUGUACCAAUGUUUUAAAAGUUGUACCGCAUGCCCCCAUAUAUCUAUAAUGUUCCCUCCGAGCCUGCAACUUAAUAUAUACCAAUUUUUCGUUCUUGGUUUAUACUACCUGCUUUUCUCCAUUUCCUUAAAAAUUUUUAUUUUCUAUAAAAUGAUUUUAAGCAUAAUGUCUCAUUGUCAACCAUUUCUACUGUCAAGCAUGUACAAUUUUAUUGUCCAAAUAAAAGAAUGUAAAAAGAGUGCUUGGUUCCCCUUUACAUUUAAGGGAUAUUGUUCUUGUUUCAUUCGGAUGGAGAGACAUUUGGCUGGCACUGGGAGAGCUAGUGAUAUAUUCCAGAAGAGACUAGAUUUGGUAAUAGAUGUUAUGCUGUGGCAUCUAUUAGGAUUUCAUGAAUGACCCCGCUAUCAAGUGGCAGGAUACAUAUCCCAUAUACUGCUGCCUAGCAGGUGGUUUAUCAGAUAUGCUCUGUACUUCCAGUAAGCAAUGUGAGGCUGAGGAAUGGCUGAGAAUGCUCACUGUCCUUAACGAAAGCGGGUAUCUGCCUUUUUAAGACUGGCUAGUCAGGGAGAGCAGAAGUUCUUUGCUAAACAUCCCUAAGUUCUGGGAGUGGGCUGGUUCUGCAAGCCUUGUGCUAGAUAAAGUGAUAUGUUGCUGGUCCGGUGUAUGAGUGUUAUAUGACUGUGAGUGUUUGCAUAUGGAAUGUGGGUGGUGCUGAUUGCCCCCCUCUAGGAAAUAUUUGUCAACUGUAAUUGAUCUUGUUUGUUGUGUCCUGUGAGUGGUAUUUAGGAAGAAUGCAUGCCAACUUAGAAGCAUUUCUGAUGUGCUGAUUAAUUGUUUUACACUAAGGCGUUAAUUCAGCAUGUGUACCCAUUCAGUAUCCAUUGAAGUGCCAGAUGGUUCCUAGUUAUGUGCGGCUAGUGACGUGUCUUGGGUUCACUGUGAUAAGCAUAUGUGACAGAUGAGCAUGAGAGAUGUGGGAAGCUAGAUAUUAUAUGUCUAUUCUUUUUCCACUAAAACUAUGAAUGUGUGAUUCUCAAAUUCACACAUUCCUAGCCAUGUUCUGUAUAUUUACUAAUAAUACUAAUGGUUUUAUUGUAUAUGUUUCCUCACAAAUACUUAUUCUGUUUGUGUGUGGUGUUGUCUCUCUUUGGUAUUCAAAUAGUUAAGACUUUUACCCUUAUUUAAAAGGCGUGCAUAGCCUUACUUCAAAUUAAUAAAGCCAGUCUUGUAUUCUUGUUGAAAAGAUCUAAAAAUAAGCAUAACACUUUGUAAUAAAUGGCUCACCUCUUCUCUGGCACUUGAAUGUUAAUAUUGUGCUGCUAUCAAAGGGGAAGAUGCCUGUUCUUAUGGUCUUCAGAAUCUAUACGAUUUCUGAAUGCUGGCAUUGUGGCUUUUAUUAAAGUAUCAGUAUUUUCUGUGGCACUGUACAGUAAGUACUUUAACCAAAUGUAAGGAUUGAAGACUGUAUAUGACAUAAUUAAACGAACUGAUACAAAAGAAAAGACCAGCACUUUCAGACACAACCCCAUUUUCUCACACUUUCUUCUCAAUUCUUUACUCCCAUUUUUUUCCCCCUCUUUCCUUCUCUUAAGCUGUCCUUCCUCACCUAUUGCCUUAUGUAGGGGAUGCACUGCAGGUAGUUACAACAGUGUUUUAUCUUCAAUUCUACUGUAUGCACUAUAUGUUUCAUAACUCAUUCCUGUACUGUAAGAACUGCAUUCUUAUUCCUGUUGUAUAAUUUACAGCUUUGGGUCAGCAUUCUGGGGUCCCUGACUCACCGCUUAUGCACACUUAUGCUGUAUACACAACUCUUGUUAACAGUGUUUUGUUCAAAAAUAUAAAAUCACACUUGUUAGCUACCAUUUACUGUCACUGUUUCUUGCUCUAAACCAGUUGCCUAUGUUUUUCUUUGACAGCCUGUCUUGUUGGCAGAGGGUGGUGAGGGUUGUGCGAAGACGCCGCACACCCUCGUAAACAAAAUGAAUAUCCCUGCUGUCACUUUUUCUAGCACUUUUCCAUUGUACAGCCUGGCCAAUCGGCAGAGUUUUAUAAAAUUUAAAAAAUAGAGAAACCAUUUUGUUGGCCUAUCUUACUUGAUGAUCAAGCACUUUUCUUGCAUUAUGAGCUUGGAAAAUAGUUAUGGUCUUUGAAAGGAGAAAUAACCUGUUAAAUUCAAAAUACCAUACACAUCUGUAUUACGUCCUGCCAUUGUACUUGUGACACUGUCCAGAUACCAUCUAACAUUUUGAGGACACAUUCCUUCAUGCCUAAACAUUAGAAAUGUCACCUAGCAAGAUUUAUUUUUUUUCUUCCCCCCUGAAGAAUUUUUUUUUUUUUUUAAAGCAACAAAAAAAGGAGAGAAGGAGGAUCGUAAAUAGAUUUUGGUACCUCUCACCUUCUAGUGUUUUAAUUCAGCGUAAAACAUUUCUGAGAUUGUCUAAAAUUAUAUAACUGCAUGAACAGUUUAUAUUGAGGUAUGCUGUUAGGCUACUGGGCAUCAUUUCCAAUAAUUCUUUGUCAGCCACUCCGUCGCAGUCAGAAAGGACCAGUGGACCCGGUGGAAGAUAAGACCAGAUAAGGUGGGGAUGGUGCUGAAUAGGUCAUCUGCCAUUCUUUAAAAUCUUCUCUGAUUUAGAAUGUGGUGUCCUUUAAUUUACACGGUAGUAGGGGCUACUUAAUGACCACUUCAGAGUCAAGAAUGCAAAAGCAACUUACACCCUAAAUGGUAGUGAAUUAGGGAUAACCACACACGAGAAGGAUUUGGGAUUUGUUGUAGACAACAAAUUAGGCAGCAAAGUGCAAUGUCAAUCUGCAGUUUCUAAGGCCAGUAAGGUUUUGUCAUGUAUAAAUAGGGGCAUAAAUUCUCGGGAUGAAAAUAUAAUUUUGCCUCUUUAUAAAUCGCUGGUAAGACCACACCUUGAAUAUGCUGUGCAAUUUUGGGCGCCUGUUCUAAAGAAAGAUAUCAUGGCACUGAAAAAGUCCAGAGACGAGCUACAAAAUUGAUAAAAAGGAAUGGAGCAUUUUAGUUAUGAAGAAAGGUUUAAAAAAAAAAAAAAAAAAAAUCUGUUUAGUUUUGAAAAACGGAGGGGAUAUGAUAACAUUAUACAAAUAUAUUCGGGGCCAGUACAAACAAUUAUCUGGAAAUCUAUUAAUAAACAGGGCUAUACAUAGGACACAAGGUCACACAUUUAGGCUGGAAGAAAGGAGAUUUCAUCUAAGGCAAAGAAAAGUGUUUUUUUUUGUUUUUUUUUGUGUGUGGUUUUUUUUGUUUUUUUUACAGCAAGAGCAAUAAGGAUAUGGAAUACUCUGCUUGAAGAGGUGGUUUUAACAGAAUCCAUACAGAUGUUUAAACUGCAAUUGGAUAAAAACAUAACAUACAGAGAUAUAAUUUCUAAUUAGUGGGGUAAUAGCUGCUUGAUCCAAAGAGACACCUGACUGCUGUUUUGGGGUCAAGAAGUAUUUUUUUCCUAGUUUGUUGCAAAAUUGGAAGUGCUUCACACUAGGUUUUUUUUGCCUUCUUUUGGAUCAACAGCAAAAACAUAUGUGAGGAAGGCUGUAUUUGAUGGACGCAAGUCUCUUUUCAGCUAUGUAAUACAUUUUAUUGGAAGGUACAGAUUAAUUUUUUUAUUUUUUGAAAUUAUUAUUAUUUUGGUCACGUGGUUCUGUUUAAAAAGAAUGGCUUGGAGAUAACAAUUCCUGAUGGCCAGUUUCACUUAAAGGACAACUAUAGUGCCAGCAAAACAAACUUGUUUUCCUGGCACUAUAGGGUCUUUACGUGCCCCCCACCCUCAGGGUCCCACUCCCGCUAGGCUGAAGGGGUUAAACACUUACCUUUCUCCAGCGCUGGGGAACUCUCCUCCCUUUGCCGAUGUCAGUGCCGAAUGCGCAUGCGCGGCAAGAGCCGUGAGCGCAUUCAGCCUAUAGGAAAGCAUUUCUCAAUGCUUUCCUAUGGCCGUCAGUGUCUUCUCACUGUGAUUUUCACAGUGAGAAUCGCGGAAGAAUCUCUAGCGGCUGUCAGUGAGACAUUCACUAGAGGCUGGUUUAACCCUCUGAAACUGCUAUGUUUACAGCUGCAGGAUUAACACUAGAUGGACCUGGCACCCAGACCACUUCAUUGAGUUGAAGUGGUCUGGGUGCCUAUAGUGGUCCUUUAAGGUGGGUUUACGUGUAGUGAGUGAUUGGUGAAUCAAAAUUUUUUCUUGUUAUAUUCCCUUGACUGCUUUCUUCACAGGAGACAUGCUUCGUGCUUUCCACGCUGCCUUUCGGAACUCUCCAGUCAAUUCUAAAAACCAGCUAGUGAAGGUAUGAUGGUGUUUUGUUUUGUUUUUAUUUAAUAAAAUUUGUUUAUUUUUUCAUUAUUUUUCAAUGUUAAGAAGUAUCUCUAUGGUAGCUAGUUGGAGACAGUGCUCCAGAUCAGUCAUUUGUGUCCUCAAGUUUGACUUGGAGUGCUUCAUGCUGGGAAAAUGCCUAUUCACAGAAGUAUGUGCUUCCAAAAAAUAAGGUUCUUUUCGCAAGCAUUCUUAAAUUGACAAGUUUUCCAUUUCCUACAUGCAUCUGAUAGAAUUCUAGGAGAGUCACUAAAUUAAACUUGAUUUUUCCGGUCUGAGUCACAUUGAAGGUCAGUGCUUUCCAUUUGGAGGUCCGCUGGAGUCCCCAUUACAUACAUAUUGAUGGGGUUAGUUGUUCUUUUAGAUUUGCGGCCACAUUUUGAAGGGUCAAGCAGGCCUCCGAGACAUGGGUUGAGCUUCCCUGUGUUAUUAGAACAAAAGUUGCAACGUAGGUUAAUACUUAAUGUUUUCAUGACUGUUCACUUAUAACUGUGGUCACAAACUUCAAUAGUUGAAUAUUGUUUUAGGAGGAUCCUAACUUGAAUCUGGGGAGAUUACUUGACAGUGGCUCUGCAACAUGUAAUGAUAAACCAAAAAAAAUCUAAAAUAAAAGGGAUGCCACUCAAACUGAUGCAACAUGUAUAUCAAUUGUUACUCAACACAGGCAAAGCAUUAGAGGUGUAUGUUCCUUUUUAUACAUCAAUUAUGCAGCAGUCCAACAAAAUCAAAUCCAAACCGCACUCACCUGAUACUGAAAAAUGCAGAUGGAUAUUUGAUGAAAAGUGAUGAUUUAAGACCAUUUGAUACAAAGCAUAAAAAAGAACAUGAAAGUGUGGACUAUAAAUAUAAAAAGAAAAUGUCAUCACAGCUUGGAAAGGGAAAAUAGUGGGGCAGAAACAAAAAUCCAAAGACAGCUGGAUGUGUUUCACAUCUAAACUGACACUUCCUUAACAACCAACGUCAUGUCUCUCUGGUUUCUGCAACUCCAUUCCCUGGUGAUUCCGAAUGAAGUUGUUGGGAGAUCUUUGAUAGGUUUUCCAGUAUCUUCAUGCAUUACGCUGCAAAGUGUGGGAAGCUGUCACUCAACUCCCACACACAGCAAAAACCCUCUGCUUGGUGGCAGUUAGAUAUCAAACUGCUUAUUCAAAACAUGUAAAAAUAUAAGGGGUGUUUUUAUAUACACAUUAGCCAUUGUAAAAGCAACCCUGGUGAGUCUGCCAUGGACCCUCCAGACUUUCAGUGGUUAGUAACCUUUAAGCCUGGUUGGUGUGUAUGUGUAGAUCGCUUUGGCUUUAAUUGUGUCUUUCUUUAGAAGAAAAAUCUUAAAUCUAUUGGUGAGUAAAAGCAGAGAUCACUGUAAUGACAUAAAAUCAUACAAAGUAUGGUUUUAUUUGCUGCUUGUAGGUGUGAACUUGGUAAAUAUUUGCACAGCCUGGUUUUCCUCACUCUUUACCAGACUUUACAGUGAGUUAUUAACUAUUUUAUUCUUGCUCUGCAGGAACGAACUCAAGCAAUUGUUCUCAAAGUUCUGACUUCAUUCAAAAGUAAUGAGAUUGAACAGGCAGUAAAAACUAUGGAUCGAAAUGGAAUUGACCUGCUUAUGAAAUACAUCUAUAAGGGUUUUGAGAAACCUACAGAGAACAGCAGUGCCAUAUUGCUACAGUGGCAUGAAAAGGUAUGUGGGUGGUUAAUAAGUCCAUGGCAAGUUGGAGUAACUUAGCAUUAAAAAUAAGCCAUAGAACACACCCAGCUCUCCUGGGAAUUAGGUUAUUCUGUUUGUUUAUAAAAACAAGGCUGCACAAUGACUGCUUUAAAUGUUAUUGCAAUAAAUUAUAACUUUUCUAUCUUGUGGAAGAACUUUUUUCGUGAUUUUCCCCCGCCCUACCCCCUUAUUAUUUCUAAUUUCUUUAGUCACUGCAUCAACUGCCAGAUUACGUAAUUGUGCAUGCAUGUUGAUUAUUAAUUAGCAAGCGUGCUAUGAGCAGAAAUUUGAAAGUGUGGCUGAUUGGUGCCCAUAAAGAGGCCAUGUUCUCUAAGGUACCAUUUCAGCCAACAUAUAGGUUUACCAGCAUUGUGCUUGUUGAUCUUUCCACCAGGCAAACACAACCGCUAAAGCAGAGGUCCGUGCAAGUUUUUAGCAAAAAUAUAAAUACUUUCUUCCUUCAACUUUCUCACUGUCUUGACCAUUUAGUGUACUUUCAUUUGAGACUCUACAUUGUUUGUGUAUUCACUAAACAACAAAUUGCAUAAUAUUGAAGUGCAACAUUUAAGCAACAGCCAAAUGUGAUUAUAGAGCUGUUUCUCCCCCCCCCACCCCUUGGUAAAUUUUAAAGUGUACCUUUCAAUUAAAAUUUGCUUUUUGGUGAAUAACCCUCUUUAGUGAGUGAUAAACCUAAAAGAUGGUGGAGCAGAUACCUGGAACCAUUAUUAUUGUGAAGUGAUGUUUACCUGAAACUCAAUUCCUAUACUACUCCAGCUCUCCCAUUCCAAUUAACUUGCUGUGAUGGGUUGCAUUUCGUUUAGUUCCAGUGGAUCUUUCUUUAAUUUUAUGUGGUGUAUCUGUAAAGAAAAUACCUUUUAAUUAAGCUUUUGUGGAGUCUUUAAAAAUGUCGACCAUUUCACACUGGACUGUUCUGAUAACAAUGCAUUAGACUAUCUUGAAAUGUUAAUAAUAACUUUAGUACAGGCAUAGAAUGUCCCUUUUUUUUAAAAAAAAUUGCGAUUGGUAAAUAAAUUGAACAUUCAUACAUGGUAGGACCUUAAAAGAGUUGAGUGUCUGUCACUGAUCCUUUUGGUGGGUUCAAAAGAGAAAUUGGUGAGCUAAGAGAUAAAAUGCAUGUUUGGAAAUUACUGUGGGGAGAGAGGAAGUGUAAGUGCAUGCGAUUUAUUUAAACUAUAAAACUAAAUGAAACUGAAAACCUUGACCACUUGUGUUUUUGUUUCAUUGAAAUGGAUCGUUUCUGCUCAUUUUUUAUUUUUAUCGGAGGGGGAGGGCAGAAGUCCACAUUAUUUACAUGACAGCAACACAUUAUUCAUUGAUAAAAUUUGCAGUUUUUUUUUUUUUUUUUUUAGUUGUAAUCCAGUAUUUCUAACCGACAUUAUGUAAAACACUAUUAGUGCUUUCCCAGUGCUAAAAUUGUCAUCUCCAAUGUGGACAGUUGAAUGGGCCUCACUAAUGGGUGUCCUUCAGUCAGUGAAUGACAUGGGUGGGGCCUCACUAAUGGGUGUCCUUCAGUCAGUGAAUGGCAUGGGUGGGGCCUCACUAGUGGGUGUCCUUCAGUCAGUGAAUGGCAGGUGUGGGGCCUUACUAAUAGGUGUCUUGUUUAGUUGGUUAGAACAUUGUUUUAUAUCCUGAUCAAAAACCAUGAGAGCACAUGAUGGUUAUUUCUCACGUGUGUUUUUGAGACAGUGCAUAUUAUAUUGGAAUUAUUUUUAUUACGUUGGCCUUACCAUGUGCUGUUUUUUUGUUUUUUUAUUUCCCUGUCUCCCUGCAGGCAUUAGGAAUAGGAGGCCUUGGGUCCAUAGUCCGGGUUCUCACCUCACGAAAAACUGUGUAA